UUUUGAACGCUUACAAACAACAACACUAGGAAUGUGUGCAUCACAUUUGAUUGCGUUUGCAUGAUUUCAAACAUUCAGUAAAUAUAACACGACACAACACAAAUGUAUUUCCUUAUAAUUUAGCAAAUACACAUUUUAUCACACAGAUAAAGCUAUAGUUGGCACAUAACACAUUUGUACAUUGACUUGUGUUUGCGGACUUUUAUUUUGGAGUGACCGGAUAUGGUUUCCGUUAUAUUCAGGCUAGCUUGACUCGUGCACGACGGCUUCAGCUCAGCUUCAGCUAAAGAGCAAACCGACAUCAGCUGAGUUUGCAUUAAGUACCAUCCUUGUAGCUAAAAUACAGGAAUUUAUCAUAACGUAAAAUUCAAGAUUAGCAAUUUACAAAGUUACUACUCGCUGUUGAACCAAUGAAAUAGCUGUCAGCUGCCGUAACCACAGUUACAAGACAAGGAGAAAUAACACAUCAAACCCGGCUAACAAAGAGGUCCUCUUUUCAACGACAACAUUUUUCCUCCAUAUUCUAUAGUUAUGAGUCAUGUGGCCGUCGAAAAUGUCCACGGUCUAGAACAGCAGCUCGCUGUCCUAGACUUGAGUGCGGCAGAUGGACACGGUGGAGGCGCUAACCCAGGAAAUGCCUUCGCUGCCGCUCGACAGGGCGGCUACACCAUAGCGCCCGCAGCCAACUAUGGUUGGGAUGGGGGGCGCAACAACUUUGUUAACGGCUACCAUGACAACCGCAUGGCUGGCGGCAACACGUUUAACCGUGGCCCGCCUCGCAUGGAGCGGGGCAGAGGUGGAGUCGGAGGGGGUUACCGAGGCAACAGGGGUGGUGUCUUCAACCCCAUCAACCCAGCACAGCCGAUGGUUUUUGGCGGCUACGAAAAUAAAGAUGCCGGCGGCUGGAACACUGCGAAAGACGCCUAUGGCAAUUUUGGCAACAACCGUGGCAAGUCUGCAUUCUUCAAUGACAGAGGCAAUGCUAACAGAGGAAGGUUUGAGCAUGGUGGAUUCGGUGGUGGUGGUGGUGGCGGUGGAAACAGCCGCUGGGUGGAAGAGUCCAGAGAGGAGGGAGACUGGGCCAAACCAACACCACGCAACGAGCGCCUUGAAAGUGAAUUGUUUGCCGGCAGUAACACUGGGAUUAACUUUGAGAAAUACGAUGACAUUCCCGUUGAGGCCACAGGACAGAACUGCCCUCAACACAUCAACAGUUUCCAAGAUGUGGACAUGGGUGAGAUUGUCAUGGGUAACAUUACUCUGAGUCGCUACACCAGACCGACCCCUGUCCAGAAAUAUGCCAUUCCCAUUGUCAAGGCCAAGAGAGACCUCAUGGCAUGUGCACAGACGGGUUCUGGGAAGACUGCAGCGUUCCUGCUGCCGAUUCUCAGCCAGAUUUACAAUGACGGACCAUUAGAAGUUCUCAACGCAACUAAAGCAUCUGGACAGGACAAUGGAAAGUAUGGGCGUCGUAAGCACUUCCCCAUCUCACUGGUAUUGGCUCCAACCAGAGAACUGGCACUGCAGAUAUAUGAUGAGGCCAGGAAGUUUUCCUACCGCUCCAGAGUGCGUCCCUGUGUGGUGUAUGGAGGAGCCGACAUUGGCCAGCAGAUAAGAGAUCUGGAGAGAGGUUGCCACCUGCUGGUUGCCACACCUGGGCGACUGGUGGACAUGAUGGAGAGAGGAAAGAUUGGACUGGACUACUGCACAUACCUGGUCCUGGAUGAGGCGGAUCGUAUGUUGGACAUGGGAUUCGAACCACAGAUAAGACGCAUCGUUGAACAGGACACCAUGCCACACAAAGGCAUCCGACAAACCAUGAUGUUCAGCGCAACCUUUCCUAAAGAGAUCCAGGUCCUAGCUAGGGAUUUCCUGGACGAGUACAUCUUCCUGGCGGUGGGCAGAGUGGGUUCCACCUCCGAGAACAUCACCCAGAAGGUUGUGUGGGUGGAGGAGAGCGAUAAGAGGUCCUUCCUGUUGGACCUGCUCAGUGCUACAGGUAAGGACUCGUUGACUCUGGUCUUCGUGGAGACCAAGAAAGGCGCCGACGCCUUGGAGGACUUCCUGUAUCGGGAGGGCUACGCCUGCACCAGUAUCCACGGCGACCGCUCCCAGAGAGACCGAGAGGAGGCCCUGAGCCAGUUCAGAACAGGAAAAUGCCCCAUCCUGGUGGCCACAGCGGUAGCGGCUCGCGGUCUGGACAUCUCCAAUGUGAAACAUGUGAUUAACUUCGACCUGCCCAGUGACAUCGAGGAGUAUGUCCACCGUAUCGGACGUACAGGACGAGUCGGAAACCUGGGACUGGCCACGUCGUUCUUCAACGAUAAAAAUGGGAACAUCACUAAAGACCUGCUGGACAUCCUGAUAGAGGCUAAACAGGAAGUUCCCUCAUGGCUCGAGACCCUGGCCUAUGAACACCAGCAUAAGAGCAGCACCAGAGGACGCUCCAAGAGGUUCUCUGGUGGUUUUGGAUCACGUGAUUAUCGUCAGACGGCCGCCGGAGGCACCGCUGGAGGGUUCGGAGGACGUGGAGGUCGCAACCAGGCAGCACACGGAGGAACCCGCGGGUUCGGAGGAGGUGGUUUCGGUAACUUCUACACCACCGACGCCUACGGAGGAAACUACGCACACUCUCAAGUUGACUGGUGGGGCAACUAGGUUCCUUCUUCCUCCCGUGACUCAUCCUUCUCUCUUCUCACUCAUCCUCCUUCCUUUCUCCACACUGUUGUCUGCACCCCAUCCGCCUUCUCCCCUUCAUUAACCCCCAAGAACCCACGUGCAUGUUAUUAAAUUAUUUAUACUCAUUUAUAUAGCCCUCUUUCCAUCCCUAAGCACUUGGAUCUUUUAAUUCUAUUCCUUUUCUCGUUCUCUCCAUUUCCACCUUCGUCUUUAUGUCCCCUAUCUUUUCUUCUUUUUGAUUUCUUAAUUUCUGGUAAAUGUCACCUCUUACAAUAGGCCGCAUUAUAAAGGGAUACUUCAAUUUUAGUUGGUUACUUUUCAACACCCGCUAGCAUCAUCCUUUCCUGUCUGAGGACAUUUUGAACUGUUUCCCCGCCGUGGCAAGUGCUUACCGAAAAAAUAACAAAUUGACUUUAACCCCCUAAGAUUAGACGUUUAAUAUUUACAGUGAGUUGGUCGGACAAAACCGAUGCAGAAGAGCAUGAGGAGAUCCUUUUCUUUCACUUUAGAUUUGAGUUUUGGCUUCAUUGUGUUUUUGUCUGCAAUUCACCCAAAGCCAGCCAGGCUUCCUGUGUACCUUCACAUGUCAUCUUUGUAUGUAACGCAUGGCCAUGUUGUAAAUCGCCGGCCAAAACCUUUUUCUAAAAUAUAGCGCAGAGAUGUCAAAUCUGAGCAAAAUAGAUCUGCAUUUAAAUUCCAAAAAACGGGAACCGGCUGAAGUUUCCUCAAUUCGCAUGAUAGAUACUUAAAAGCAGCCGCAGAAACAGAAAAUGUUUUUAAUUUUUUUUUCUUCUUUUCACCUUUUUAAAACGACAAUGAAGUCUUGAUUUCCCGAGAUCUGAGAAGGAUGUCUAGCAGAGACAGAAGGGACAGACAGACGCCCAGCCAGUGGGACGCCGGCACACGUUGUCGCCCAUUAGCAUCGAUGCUAGCAAACAGCAGUUUCUUUUGUUUGAAACAAAACAUAAUGGAGGAUCAUUUGUUUCUGUACUGUGCCUUUAAGAAUUUGAACUUUGUCUCUUAUUUCCGUUGUUUUAAUUGCCAUAAUAGGUACGUGGCUACAAGUAUUGGCCUACUGUGACAAACCAAAUGUAUUUAAUGUCAUGUAUGGGUUUAAACAUGUUUUUCUUUAUUUAUAUUUGGAAGGAAACAAACUAGGCUUGAACUAAAUCAAACCUUGGCAACAAAAAAAAUACUAAACACAAACCGCGAUGAGGAAAGUCCAAACAAUUCCUUGUCUGUCUAUUGGAGUUCAAAUUUGUCAGGUCUCUGAUGAGCUGAUUCCCAAAAGCAAUUUACCACUGUAGCCAUAUUUAUAGAUUCUUUUGAUAAACCCUCAUCCAGAGUGACUGCGAUGGGUUAAACAACAGAAGACUUCUUUGCUGUUACGAUGCAGUGAGCAGAGAAAACAACAGUGGUUUCAUGCUUUUGGGAAACCGAGUCCUACUUAUUGACCUAUAUGUCACAUCUGCAGCUCUGGUUUGAGCUUCUCAAAGGCAUCUUGUCACCAAUAGUCGGGUCAUGUUAGAUUUUGGCCAGCAGUCUUUAACUUUUUACAUGCCAGAUACACAGGCGGCAGAAGUCUUCUGUCGCGGUUAUCGACGCUGUGAAAUGGGAAAGAGCAUUCUGACCACAUCCAGCAGUAAUGUGAGCAAUGCUGCAAUCUUUUUUGGGGCUGUAGACAUUAAAACCGCCACAUUGCUGCAGCGGAAAGCAAGUUAUUAAAUGUAACCUGCGGCUGCGCAGCUGGCUCUUGGUGCAACCGUGCUUUUGGGAAACGGGCUUCGCUUCCACCACAAACAUUGAUACCCUUGUUUGCCAAAAGCUUCUCUCAAGGGGAUACACAACAACAAAAAAGGCUUAAAGAGUUCAAAAAUUUCUCGCUCACUCUAUCCUGGAGAGUUACAUGAAGAGUCUUCUCUAAAAUAAGUCAUUCCAGUUUAUUUGUUAGGUCCUUAAGAUCUGUUGAGGUCAGGGAUGAAAAAUAAAAGAAAUACUAAAAGGGUAAUCUAGCCUAACCCGUCUCACAGCAGAGGCCGCUGGGGCGUACCAACGCCACACCCACGGAGCACCUUCUAGCCACGUCCCGUCUCAUGGGAUCACAAAUCCAGCCGUGACUUGGAUCAUGUGUUGGAGGUUUGAGAUCUUCCCCGAACUCCGCCUGCACCUCUUGAGUAGUUUGCGCCGUCUUUUCUGUUGUCCAAGUUAAACACCUCUCUCUCUCUCUCUCUCACACAACAAAUAGAGCGUCUGCUUAAAAUGACGACUGCUCUCUCUAUUCCCUCGGCAGACGCAAGUCUCAGUGAGUUAAAGGCGUCUCGCGGAGCGCAGGCCGGAUGCAACGUGCUCGUGGAAAAGUGUCCCAGUAGAACUGAAAGGCAUGUCGUGAACGCCCGGCCCUGCUGUAGACGUCCAUCCCCGAUUGAACUUUUAAAAGCAAGGCCACCGUAUAUUUGACCGACUCAGUGGUCGAGGUUCAUUGCCCCCCCCCCCUCCCCCUGCUGUGUUAAUUAGCAGCAGGACGAGCAAAGAAAGUGCUCCGUUGCUACCUGGUGGGGAAAAAUUGUAAAUUUCCGUCAGGGUCUUAAUUUGUUUUGUUUACAUGAAUAACUUUUGGUGAAGUGAAAAUGUAGAUUCAAUGUAAAUAGUUUAAAAAACUCUUCUUAAAAACGCACCGAAAAAAAAGAGAAGAAUCUCCAGUGAGAAAGAAUGUGAAUUACAAGUGAGACGACACUUGUUGUGUAGAAAAUCACGUUCGACCACUCGACGUUGGGCCAGGCGGUGUCUGGUCACCGGAGCUCAGUGGGCGAUUUGAACACGGUCGGCAGAAUUAUUCUUUAGCGAUAUUAUUUCCGGAAAUGUUUACACAAAUCUAAACCAAUCACGGCGAUUGAUUGACCAACUGUUGCUCCCGAGGCAGAUCCCCCUCAAAUUGCCCACUGGCUCUGACAAAUGACAAGGCUGGACCAAGACAAUAAAACAUAUAUGCAAGUGUUGUUGUUUUUUGGUCAAGGAGUUAAAAAUGCCAAGCAAAUAGAUCCAAUUCUACAGCAGGCUUUAGUUAUGUUACAACUCUGAUUUUACCCGUCAUCUAUGAUUACUUUUUUUUUUCUCGACUACUUCUUAAUCGGAGGUGGCGUUCAGGUCAAUCGAGUUCCCUCGAGUCCAGUUGGGAGGGAGGUUCGAGAAUACGAGUCGGCUUUCACAUAACGUUUCGAAGCGGUUCGAGCCGAGCGAUGCCGGAGGGCCGAGGAUUCAAGCAGGCGGCGCUUCACUGCAUCUCACCAAACCCCGGUCGCCCGAAAGGGAGGGGCCACUUUAACGGACGGUUGUCGUCGGAUGUAAUGUUAGAAAUGUAAAUGAGCUCCACCGUGUCCAACUGCGGCCCCAAAACAAACCCCAAACAGCCACGUCGUGACUCCGUUUGCGCCGUCUCUCCGCGGCUCGGCUGUCACGCUUAUCGUCGACGUCGUUCGACCUGCAGUCGAAUUCGAGGCUGAACUUCCGCGAGCAGCCGUGAAUACGGCGGCUCGACCGCUGACCAGAGCGGCGUUCGAGGUGGUUUCAGCACCUGUUGACCCAUCGGAGAACUUUUCUGCGGUCGCGGCGCGAGCGAGAUGGGUAGACGUCAGCAACGGGGACGAUAAGUUGAAGAUAACAUUGCAUAUGACAAUCAAAUAUGAAGGGUUUGCUUAGUUUCAAAGUCACUCAACGCAUCGACGUAACUCUUAAAGUUACACUUCUUUUAACGGUCUUGCGGACACGUCGUCUUAAUCCGCUGUCUCGUUGGCAGCCGUUUCUUAACUGUCCACAUUUUAAACCUGCAGCAUGCCGCCGCCGCCAUUUGAAGAGGCGGAUCUGCGCAGGCGGAGGAAUGCCACGCUCCCGACCUUCCGGUUGAAUAUGCGCUCUGAUUUUGAGUCCACCUUUAGAUAUCGACGGAAGAACACGGUUUUAAUGCCGGACUGAACUGUCAGCUGACUGUCGCGUUCCCUGUGUGAGAGGAGAUGCCGUCGGCAGUCGUUACUUGAAUCCAUGGCUGUUGCCAACCAGAAACGUCGUCUGCAGCUGGUGCAGUCGCUUGUGUUUUAGGAAUAAUGCUAAGUAUGCUGUUAUUGCUGCCUAAAUUCAGAGGCACACAUUUUGUUCUUCUUUUUUCUUCUUCUAAGAAGGCCAUACAGUGAGAAUCAAAGCCGCUUGAAUGAAUCUGGUUGUUUGUCGACAUUGCGGUGCCUUCCAGCGGCCACUAGGGGUUCUCGCGUGCAGCGAUCGAGGAACGGCUGAUGUGAUGCGAGGCGUGAGCUGCUGCUGAUAGUGCACAUGGGAAUUUGUGAGUUGUACAGAACGUAGACGCGGAAGGUGACAAUUCAGUUUACCUCACUUUUCGUCUUUUGUAGAGCAAGUAUGUCAAAUGGUGUUCAGAGGCCGCCGCGUAUCUAGGUCUUUUUCUAAGGCGGGCGGAUCACGUCGGUCGGAUGUGAUUACCAUUGAACCGUUUUGAGCAACACGUAACGACCACUGUGCCCCAUCCCCCCCCCCCCCAUCCCACCACUGCAGCGCGUGCAAUAGAUCAAUUACUUUGCCGUCACCGAGAUUCUCCGUUUGAGUUUUGUUUGGGCCGUGCGGAUCAGAGCGGAAGCCGGCGCGAGAAAAACCAGCCCGACAGUCCGACAUGUGCACGGUGCCUUGAAGUCACCGGGCCCCGGAUCAUCUGGACACUGAAGCGUGUUGCUUAGGGCUGGGUAUUUUUACAAGACAUUCACCUUCUUCGUAUGUGACGGGAAGCGGGCGGUUCAGGCGGAGGUCGUCUUGCCGUUGGCAUGAAGCUGUGCCGUGUCCGGCCCGUUUCGUCUCCGGCCGUUGGUCUUGUUUAAGUUCAUCGUUGCCCUCUGCAGUACAUGAGCCUAAAUGUACGAUGUGUUUGGCCCAGCAGCUCUACGACUCAACAGUAGGGGACGCUCCGUUUAUUUACUCGUUUAGAAAAUUAGCACUUUUGGUUUUUUUGGGGCUUUUAAAAAAAAUCUAUAUUUUAAAAAACCUUUUUGAUGCCUUAAAUUCAAGGGUGAUACCCAGCCCUAAUGGAGAGGAUGGUAGUUUGUUACACUGCAUACGGGCGUUACCGUGGCAACGGGCGGUGCCGCCGCGAACGAUUCUGCGUCGCCACGGUAACUGGCUUUCCAGCAGGAGGGCUUUGAUUGUCGGUGAACAAUUAACGGUGCUAUGCUCCCAUUGCUGCGGCCCGCAGGCCCCUCUGUCGUAGGAGCCCCAUCGAGUUUUACAGAAAAUUACUUUGUUUGAUGUUCAACUAAAGUCUUCUGUAGUACUUGUACUUCAAAACCUCAGAGGUGUGAAGGAGUGAGUGUUUGAAGUGUAGCGCAGCCAGGUCAAAAAGAGAGGUUUCUCCACAGUUGGUGUGUGCGUGAGUGUGUGUGUGUGUGUGUGUGUGCGAGAGUGUGUGUGUGCGAGUUGUAUGGAAAGGUUCUUCUAGAUAUGAAACCGUUUCUUUUUUUUGGGACCAGGUGGACUUGUAGUUAUCAGCAACCGUAGGAAUCAGCUGUUUGCACACAGAGUUCUCGAGUACUUUCGCUGCUAGUUUGUGUAAUUUAUCAAGCAUUUUUGAGACAUAUUUAUUUUUAUAAGCCUAUUACAAAAGUUGAUAUUUUACAAAGUGACUUGACCAAAAGACAGUAAACAAAAACACUGGCACUUGAAUGUUGAAUGUCAUUGGUAUGAGUGAAAAUUUCUAUUUUUCUGGGGUAGUGUGAGCUUUUUAAUGUUAAAGAUGCAACGCGUAGGGAUUUCUCCUCAAAUAUGUCGCCGCGGCAACCUGCGGUCAAGUGCGACCGCAAGAAGGGUUCAAACGUCCAGAAGUCAGUCAGCGGCGCCACAACGGAGUCAAAUCAUGUCCGUCAAAAAGUCCCAGAACACCAGUCCUCUGUUUAAGGCCUGAACACACAGAAGUCCUCUUAUUCCUUCCUUGUCCUUAUCAAGAGAAUUAUCGUGUUUAAAAGUAGAUAAGCUAAGAGCCCGUUAGUCACACGAGGCCGCAGAGGGAAGCCCUGACCGUCUGUUACAGUCGUUCGACAUAUAAGGAGAAACGUCCUACACGGGUUACCUUUAAAGUCACAUUGGACUCAGUAUCAGAUCCAUAAACCUGUUUGUGCGACGGGUACCAUUGCCAAUCAUGAAAAUCUACCAUAAACAGCCAUUUUUAAUUGGCAGACAAAAUUUGAGACAAUACCACCAUAUAUGCCAAGGUUUGGAUUAAAAAUAUUUUAAAAAUUAACAAAACGUUAUGAUCAAAGACCAUUUUGUAUUAAAAAAAACGACAACAUGCAGUACAAAAAACAAGUGUCCAGAUUCUCUCCAAGUCAGAUGUUUUUUUGGGGGUUUUGUUUUUGUUUUGUUCAUUUGAGUCUUUACACUUUUCCUUCCCGUUAAUACCCUUGUUGUGAAUGUCUGGCAAGUGGUGAUCUUUAAAAAGUCUUCAUAACACAGAAUUUAACUGUGGUUCUAUUGCUAUGUUGUUGUGAUUUGCAUAUUUUCAGGCGUCAGUGUGUUACUGCUCAUGUGUCGGAGCUUCUGGCCAAUCAGAAAUGGGAAAAGAUGACCUGACGACGCCCCUCCAGGUGUCUUUUACAUGAGUUUUUAUUGCAACCAGUAGCUGAUCCAUAGAACACGAUAUUACAGGGACGAAUCCUUUGUCCAUUAACCGUAGCCUCAACGGACCAGAAUGCAAUGCGGCCCCAGCAAAGCCUCAUUCGAUGCCAUAGACGACAUGGUGCGGAGUUGAAUUAUCACACCUUUUUGUAUGCACGUCAAAACUGUCAUUCUGGGAAAACAGUGGGGACACCGAACCAAGGCAAUACUUUGCAGCUUUAUUUUUACUUUCAAUUCAACGAACUUUAGAGGGUUGUAGUUGUAUUUAGGAAUGAUUGCUGUUUAGUGACUGAAUUGAAAUGAGAUAAAGCCCAGUGUUGUUGCCGUUGCUGACUGGCCAGACCCCUCAAUGUGAACACACAGCACCUCCAGCCUGCUAGUUAGUAUUUGCUUUAUGUAUUAGUUUAGCAGAUGUGCACAAAGAGGAGCACUGCACGAAGAAAAGAGAAAAAAAACUGUGCAUCUAUUCUGAUUUUACCACAAAUAAAGGUUUGGAUUUGCAAAUGUAAA